AUGGCUCUGAAUCCAUAUGCUACCGUAGCAGCUUCCUCGGCCGCAUAUAGUAUCCUUCUGCGAUCCCUCAUUGGUAACGAGCAACCUUCUACGCGGAUCAGACUAUGCAUCAAGGUCAUCUCUACCCUCCACUCGGCCGCCACUGCUCUCAUUGUACUCUACGCCCUAAAACCUUCUCGAUGGACAAAUGAAGUGGCUUUAUCCACCAAUCCAGAAGCUGGUCAGGGAAACUUGGACGAGUCAGAGAACCCAGUGAUCAGGGGCCGCUCAUCACUCGCAAAUGCACUUACGGCAUGGGAAACGGGGUACCUACUGUACGACACCGGCGCGCUUAUCUAUGAGACAAAGCAAAAGAGACAGCUGAACAACCAUACUGCUGCACUAGCUUCUCUUGCAAGUUCCUCGCCUGUUCUCCUCGCACACCACAUGCUACUUGCCGCCGCCCUGGGAUACCUUCAAACCUACAUCGCCGCAGGCCGUGAGAGAGGCGUGUGGGUCAUUGUAGCCUUUCUGCUCAUGAACGCCAGUAAUCCAGUGCUGCACAUCAGGUACUGGAUUAGGCAGAGACGCGGCAGGCCGAGUCUCAUCGCGGACAUCAUACUUAUGCUGACUUUCGCUGCUUUUCGGUUUGGCACUGUCGGGUGGGUUCUUAAACGGUAUGGAGACUACCAUGGACUUGGCCCAUGGCAAGCGUUCUUGAGGCUCAGGAGGUCAUGCCAAAUCGGCACGGCGGCCUUGGUCGGCGUGAACGGAGUCUGGUGGCUGACGCUGGUCAGAAGCAUUGUCAGGCGAGCACUGAUGGAUGGCAGAAAGAGAAACAGCAUGCUUGGUUCUAUCUGA